GAUACAGAAGAAUGAUCAUGAAAGAAAACAAAGGUACAGUAUGUGUAACAGGUGGAACAGGCUACAUAGCUUCAUGGUUGAUCAUGAGACUUCUUGAGAAUGGUUAUUCUGUCAAUACAACCAUUAGACCUCAUCCAGAACGCAAGAGAGACAUGAGCUUCCUCAAAAACCUACCAGGAGCACCAGAGAAUCUCCAUAUCUUCGAAGCCGAACUCAGCAAUCCAGAGAGUUUCGACGAGGCCAUUCAAGGAUGCAUCGGCGUGUUUCAUCUUGCAGCAUCGAUUGAUCUCGGAAAAGGAGAAUCUGUUGAAGUAUUGACAAGAAGAUCAAUCAACGCAGUGCUAGAAAUCUUGAAAUCAUGCUUGAAAUCAAAGACCGUAAAGCGAGUCGUGUACACUUCUAGUCAAUCUGCAGUCAUUGCCAAUGGCAAGAACGUGGAAGUCAUGGACGAAAGCUUUUGGAGCAGCGUAGAUAAUCGUCAGGCGAAGCAAGCCUACACUAUUUCAAAGACAUUAACUGAAAAGGCAGCUCUAGAAUUUGCAGAAGAACAUGGUUUGGAACUUGUUACAGUAAUUCUUCCAUUUGUUGUUGGUCCUUUUAUUUGUCCUCAGUUUCCCAUCUCGGUCCGGAUGAUAUUGGCUAUGGUCUUAGGUGACAAUAAUUAUUAUCCGAUGAUCUAUAAUUCAUCCAUGGUGCACAUAGAUGAUGUGGUUAGGGCACACAUCUUCCUUUUCGAACACCCCGAUGCGAAAGGGAGGUAUAUUUGUUCUUCUGAAAAGCUAACACUUUUGGACAUGGCCAAAUUGCUUUCUGCCAAAUAUCCAGAGUUCCCCAUACCAUCAAUUGAAUAUUUAAAGGAGAUUAAAGGCUAUAAAAUGCCAGGUUUGUCAUCAAAGAAACUCUUGGAAUCUGGUUUCGAGUUUAAGUAUGGUGUAGAUGAAAUGUUUGAUGGAGCAAUAGAGUGCUGCAAAGAGAAGGGCUAUCUGUAGUUUGUUUGUUAACAUUGUUUUUGAGCUUGUUGUCAUACUUGUACUUGUUUUUUUUUUUUUUUUUUUUUACCUUAAAUAUGCCCAAGUAAAAAUUAAUAAUUGUGGGAUUUGGAUAAAAAAUCUCAUUUAUAUAGAUGUAAUCAAACUUGCUUCUCUUGUACCUAAUUGUGAGUUGAUCGUAAACAGUAUAUAACCAUACAACUUUGUUAAUUCA